AUGUCGUCUGAAGGUGUUCAACCAGCUGCUGUUACUCAACUUAAUGGAAAUGGUGCAAAUGGACCUGUGCUUGCACCUGCAAUCGACAACAACAAUAACAAUGGGGAGGUUGUCCUAGCAGUAGUUGCCCCUACAAACCAGCAGAAUGGUAAUGUUGAGGAGGUAAUUGAUCUUGGUAAGCUUAAAAGUCAUGUUUGGGCACACUAUACCAAGAUUCGAUUGAAUGGUGCUGUGAAGGCUAAAUGCAACUACUGUAAGAAGUUGUUAGUUGGGGAAUCAAACAAUGGUACUACUCAUCUAAAGAACCAUACGAGAAUCUGUGUUCAAAAGAAAAUUAGGGAUGGUAGUCAAAAGAUUCUCGGCCCUCACUAUUUGGCUCAAGGAAAACAAGACUUGGUUGCCACUGCUUUCAACGCUGAUUUUUCGAAAAGGGAACUUGCAAUUGCUAUUACGAUGCAUGAGUAUCCCUUAUCAAUUGUUGAGCAUCAGUAUUUCAAGAGAUUUGUGUGCUCUCUACAGCCAUUGUUUACUGUACCAAGUAGGGGCACUAAAAAAAGAGGUGUUUAA